UCACAGCUGUCAUUGGUUUAUUUUUGUGCCUUCUUUCCCGGUUGCAGGAGCAAUCGUAGUCCAGCCAUUUUUGAUCGUUGUAGUUCCUAAAUAGCGCAAUUUCCGUUUUUAAUUAACACGUUAGUUAUGAAUUAAUUAGCAGAUGAGCAUAACACUAUUAAGAAGCCGAAAAUGGCAGUGAUUGGUGCACAGCUGGUACUGACGCUCUUAACAUUGAGCGUUAUACAGAAGCUAAGUCCACAUUUUUCCUUCGCCAAGUGGAUAUUAUGCGCCACGGGUCUAUAUAGAUAUCUACAUCCUUCAGAUGAUGAGCUGCGUACGCUAGCUGGUGUACCUAAGGAGAAGCAUACGAAAGGUGGUGGUAAUAAAGGAAAUAAGAAGUAUGAUGCGCGAAAUGGUAGCGGGCAGUUUCAUAUACCACGCAACUUGGAAGUGCAAUUGGAGAAAACGCCGGUGGUGGCUCGAGACGUAGUACAUCUCAGGUAUUUCACAGAAUACCAGUGGUUGGUGGACUUCAGCGUUUAUUCAGCCCUUGUGUAUAUAUUAUCCGAGAUCUAUCACUACUAUUUUCCUUUGAAAAAUGAGGUUAAUCUGAGCAUGAUUUGGUGUCUGUUGGUUGUCUUUUUUGCGCUCAAAUUACUCUCCUCACUCACCUGGUUGUAUUUUCAAAACGAGGAGUCCAUUGGGGAACGCUCCAUGGUCAUAGUUGCCUGCCUUGUCUACCUACUUAUUGCAAUGAUUGUGCUCAUCAUUGAUGAACGUAAUCUGGAGACUGGUAUAGAACACGCAUACAGCAGCUUCAAUGAAAGCGCCUCCAAGUUCCUCACUGCACAGGGCAUGACUUCGUCUGGGCCCGCCUCAAAACUGAUAAUUAAACUAUGCAUGGCUGUUUGCUGCGGUAUACUGGGCGCUCUAUUUACUUUUCCCGGUCUGCGCAUGGCAAAAAUGCAUUGGGACUCACUGAAGUACUGUAGCGGUCGCAAGCUGCUACAAUUGUUACUCAAUAUUAGUUUUAUUUUACCAUUUCUACUAAUAAUACUCUGGAUAAGACCGAUUAGCAGGGAGUAUUUGACUGAGCGCGUAUUCGAAGGCAUGGAGAAGCCUUUACUUUCAGUGGAGGCCUUUGAGACCAUUCGCCUGCUAAUUGUCAUAUUAAUCGUACUACUACGUUUCGCUUUAAUACCAAUCUAUUUGCAAUCGUAUCUAAAUUUAGCGCAUGAUAAAAUCAUGGAUUUACGCAAAGAAGCUGGUCGUAUUACCAAUGUGGAAUAUCAGAAAACGAUUUCCUCCAUAUUCUACUAUCUCUGCGUGGUGACCUUGCAAUUCGCCGCACCACUCUUGCUUUGCUUAUACCUCACAUUGAUGUAUAAAAGUUUAGGCGAAUUUACUUGGUCUGGCAUAUUGCGUGCUAGUACCAGCGUUUGUACUGAUAUGUGUGCUAUAAGUGAUGCGCCACAGGACGAUAGUCUUAUUGAGGCUAUAGCUACUAUGCCUGCGCCGCCAGCUGAAACAACGGUCUUGAGCAGCAUGCCAUUGCCUGAAAGUGUUGAGCCAGUUCGUGAAGAUUUUAAUAUUCUGGAAUCGGCGAAUGCGAUACAUGAACAGUGGAUUAGCUUGAAAAAUGUUUUCAAUGCUGAUGUGUACAAGGGCUUCCUUGGUUUUGCCAGCUGGUGGAGUUAUUUUACGCUUUUUACCUCCUCAGCACUCGGCGUUGUCUAUCAAUCUUAUUUCAACCAAAUGUGAAGCGUUAAUAUUUUUUUAACAUCAUUUCUGCAAACUCAUAUUUUUAACAUACGUAUGCAGGAAAGAGCUGCGAAAAAAUCUAAAGUUUGAAAUAUUUUUUUCGUUUAUUGAUUUAUAAAAUUUCAGAAACAUACAUACAUACCUGCGUGCCACGCAUGCGUUCAAUCCGAUUUCAUGGAACAUUUUUUAGUUUUAAGUUUAAUGGCUGGUUUCUCACUAGCCAUAAUUGUUUACCUAAAGUGUUUAUUUUUGUAUUUUUAAUUGGCAGUCAGGCAAUAAAGAGGCAUAGUGGAUGGAAUGUAAA